CAGUGUCGGUGUGACUCUGCCGUGAUAAGAGGAGGUGGCUGGUGGUGACGCUCCCGGUCGCCUGCGGUGUGUGACGGCGUGGACGGCUCGGCCUCGGAGCUGUGCAUUCUGGUGCUGAAGGGAGAGUUCAGAUCUGCAUACUCGCCAGCGCUCUCACUUGCAAGCCUUAUAAGGGGCUGACGGGACGGAAAAACUUUGAGAUUAUUACGCUCAAGAAUGUUCCGUGAACCUUAUCUGCAAGAAAACUGCGAUGCCACGACUUCGGAAGGGAAAAUAAAGUUGUAGCGAAGAAGAAAAUUCUUGCAUAGUGUGAAACGUUUGUAUUAUGGCUGAAUCUAGCUCCACCAAGGGAGAGUUCAACGCCAAAGAUCUUUCCCCGAUUGGUGGAGGCCCCUCGCACCCCCGGGGGAAGCGCCGUUACUCUAACGACGAUAUUGACGUUCAUUACACCAGCCUCACGCAAGUGCAGUUCUCGUCGCCAAUGGAUCUCUCGCCAUCUGUUGGGGCAAUGGCGCUGACGCCGACAGAUCCGCCACAGAGUGCUGGCUUGUUAGCGCUCACUCCGUCGGAGUCCAUGCCCGAGGCCGGCGCCGCGGCACUCACACCUACGGAGCCCUGGCAAGGCGCAGCGGAGACGGGGCUCACUCCCCCCCGACGCCAGUCCGCCGCGUCCGUCCAGACCGAGGUGCCUCUCCGGUCCCCCAAGGCGCCGGGGUCGCGACGCCGUUCCGAAGCGGCCAACCACGACGGCAAGCGGAGGAAGUCGAGAGGCAACGGCGAAACGAUCGCCGUGCUCGACCCGUCUGCGCUGCAGGACCCCGCGGCGGCGAAUGGCGUUCGGAGGGGCACUCGCGGCUCGCAGAUGAUGUCACCUUACGACAUGGAAGCUACGCGAACCUCGGUGUCGUCGGGAGUGCGGCGCAAGACGUCCCGACACAGCGAGGCUCAGGAGGAGGACCUGGACGAACGGCGAAGGAACAAGGUGGUGGUUGUGUGCGCCUCCGUGGCCGUCACCAUUUUCCUCCUGGCCAUCCUGCUCGUCGCCAUCACGCUCAGGAUGUCGCCUGCUAUUGACGAAAUGGCAAGAUAUAACGUAACGCCGAGCCCGCGCAACAGCCUGCGAGAGGCGCCCUGCCCCAACAGCUGGCCGGAUCCAGCCCUGUCCGAAGCCGCGGUCCGGCCCCUUCAGUGCAGCGCUGAUUAUCGGCUGCCGACAACCGAGGAACUUCAGGCUCACGACGGAAAUGAAAAGCGACAGGCACUGAGAGUUUGGGAAUUUCCUCAAGAGGUUCCUACUCUGGCUAUAGGCAUCGGGAAACGCGGAAGGGAGUCCGGGGGGAAGACCCUCCCCUUUUGCCUCGGGUCGACCCCCUGUGGCAAUUUUGAUCAGCAGGUCGUCUCGGGGCCUCAUAGCCCUGCGCCCUUCAUGCCCCCUGCUCCCCCUGUCUCGUCGCGCGGUCCCUUGUUCCCCCCUCGGCAUGGGGCCGAGGGGGGUUUACCACGUCGGACUCUUGGAAUUUAA